CUCGGCGCCUGGCUAGCUGGCCUGCCCGGCAAGCGAGCAUCUCGAUAUGCACACCAUCACAGCACCGAGCGAGCCUCUCUUCCGCUCGAGAUGCACGCUCGGCGAAGGACCACUCUACGAGGCUCGCACCAAUACACUCCAUUUCGUCGACAUCGGCAAGAACACGGUCCAUCAUCUCGAGCUGGACGGCUUACAGUGCGAGACCGAUUACUACAGACAUCCAGUGACAGUGAUCGUGCUCCGACACGACCAUCCAGGCUUCCUAUGCGCAGCACUUCGUGGAUUCGCCUACAUACCCGCACGCCUUGCUAGCUCGAGCGCAGAGAAGCCCGCUCCUAUCACCUACCUAUCUCGCGCUUUCUCGACCGACCUCGAGCCGCACAGGAUGUUCAACGACGGAAUCUGCGAUGCACGCGGACGAUUCUUUGCGGGCAGCAAGAUGAUCAGAGGCAGGGACUCGAGGCCGGAGACCAAGCCUGGCUCUCUGUUCAAAGUGACUCAAGAGGAGCUUCACAGCGAUGCCGGGCCGAAACAAGUCAAGACUGACCUGACCAUCCCCAACGGUAUGGGCUUCACUUCCGACAACAGAACCCUCUACCUCACCGACACGGAGACUAACCGGAUCCUCGCGUUCGACUACGACCUCGACACUGGCGAUUUCACGAACGAGCGGCUCUGGGUAGAGCCGUCUGGCCCAGGGAUGCCCGACGGCUGUUGCAUGGACGUCGACGAUCACCUAUGGUCAGCAAAAUUCGGCGGCGCAGCAAUAGAGCGCUUCAAUCCAUCAGGCGAUGCCGUGCUCCGUAUCGACUUUCCGACGGCGCUCAAUAUCACCGCCUGUGUCUUCGGAGGCAAAGACAUGGCGACCCUGUACGUGACCACAGCGUCGCUAGAGGAAAGCAAAGACGAUACGCCCGAGAACCUCGCAAAGUAUACAGAGUCUGGCAAUCUCUUUGCGAUCGAUCUCGGCGCAUAUGGAAUCAAGGGCCGACCCCGAUUCGAGUUUGCAUCGAGCUAACUUAUCGAGCCUCCAUUGCAUGCCAUGGCCCUCUGCGCGUCACGUUCACCGCGAGCGCGUCUUUGAGGUCUCCUCGCUCG